UAGAGAGAGAGAGAGAGAGAGGUGUGUCUGUCUGCGUGUGCGUGUGUGUCGGAGACUUGUCAUAAAUACCACUCAACAUUCUCGCUGAUACUUUCCUCUUUCCUCUCUUUAGGGAUUCGCUCACUGUAUCCCAAACCCUCCCUCGCCACCAAAAUGGUCUGAUUCUCCGGCGACUUCCCGCCGCCCUCAGCCUCCGCCUCUCACCUCCGAUCCGUCGCGUUUCCGAUCCGAGUGUCAAUUUCUGCUGUGUUCUCACUUAUCGCUGAAAUUUUAGCUCGUUAUCGCUUCGGGCUAAUCUGCCAUGGAAGAUUCUCAGUCAGUUGAGAUACUCAUGCAUUCGACUACCUCAAAGAUCCAGCAACUGCAGAAAGCAUUUGCUGAGCUUGAAAGUCACCGCGCAAUUACCCUCAACAUGAAAUGGAAACAACUUGAAGAACAUUUUCAUGGUCUUGAGAAGUCUUUGAAAAGGCGUUUCACAGAAUUGGAAGAUCAAGAGAAGGAGUUUGAAACAAAAAUAGUUCAGUCUAAAGAGAUGUUGGAGAAGCGUGCAGCAGCUGUUGUGGCUAAAGAGAGAGCUUCACUUGAAAGGCUCCAAGAGAAAAGAGAUGCUGCAGUUUCUGCCAUUUCCUUUGCUCUAGAAAAGCGCCGGAAGCCAUUUUCUGUGGAACCUACCAUUAAUAUUGAGGACCAACAUGAUUCAUCUGUUAUGCAAGAAAAGCCUCUUAAUGCAAUGGUCACAGAGAGUAACACUGAAGAGAAUGGGGAGCAUUAUGAGAAUGGAAAUGUGGAGGUGAAAUCUUAUCCUGAGUUAGUUAAGCUAUGCCAAGAGAUGGAUUCAGAUGGCAUCCACAAAUUUAUAUCAGACAACCGCAAGGACCUAGCUGCUAUGAGAGAGGAGAUUCCACAUGCUCUGAAGGCUGCAGCUGACCCUGCCUCUUUGGUUUUGGACUCACUCAAGGGUUUCUACAGCUCAGAAAUAAUAAAUUCAGAUGCUAAAAAAGAUGCAAACCUCUUAGGUCUUCGGCGAACCUGUAUAAUGUUGAUGGAGUGCCUCAGCAGUUUAUUGUCAAACAUGAAAAUGGAGUCUAUUCCAAGAGUGAUCUCUGAAAGUGUUAAGGCUCGAGCAAAAACUAUUGCUGAAGACUGGAAACCAAAGUUGGAUGAUCUGGAUGUUGAUGCCAAUCACGGGAACUCCUUGGAGGCUCAUGCAUUCUUACAGCUUCUAGCGACUUUUGGUAUUAACUCAGAUUUUGACCAGGAGGAUUUAACCAAAUUGAUACCCAUGGUUUCCCGUCGUCGUCAAACAGCUGAUUUAUGCCGUUCCCUUGGACUUUCAGAUAAAAUGCCAGGUGUUAUUGAUGUCUUGGUAAAUAUUGGAAGGCAAAUAGAUGCUGUUAAUCUAGCUUUUGCCUUUGAGCUGACAGAGAAAUUUCCACCUGUUCCUCUACUGAAAUCUUAUCUGAACGAGGCAAGCAAGGCUCCUUCUCCUGGAAAAUCUGGAAAUACACCCACUGUACAGAAUGAUAUAAAUGAGAAGGAAUUGAAUGCACUGAAGGCUGUGAUUAAAUGCAUCGAGGAUCAUAAUCUUGAGGAGCAAUAUCCUGUGGAUCCCAUCCAAAAACGAGUUCUCCAGAUGGAGAAAGCCAAGGCAGACAAGAAAAGGGCAACUGAAGUUCCAAAACCUCAACCCAAAAGACCCCGUGCAAAUGGUGUUUGCCAUGGUUCCCGAGUUGCUAACGUUGCCACUGACAAGAACUUCUACGCAAGAACCACUGACAGGUACCCACCGUUCUUGUACGAGAGACAGUAUGCCUACACUGGACCAACCGACACCCAUAUCCCCUCGUUCAUGGCUACUCCUGCUUACAAUCUCCCUGGGCAUGGCAACUUCUUUGCAAAUGGCUACCAUUACCAGGCAACUUACCUGCACUAAUUACUAGAGCGCUGAACUUGGUUACCCUUCUAGCUGUUAGUCCUUAACCCCCUCUGAGUUUGCUUAAUUUGAACCCUAUGAGUAAUUUUAUUACUGAAAAUUGCCGACUUGUUAAUUUCUAGUCUAUUGUAAAAGCUAAUGCUGUAAUGUUUUAAUAUGCACCACCGUUCAUGUUUAUAUUUCUGUAUAAUUUUGGCUC